GUCCUUAUUAGGACAAGAGACUAGAGGGGGUGGUGCCAAACCGAAAGCCCGAUGGAGGCUCCUUAUAAGGCAGCCUCGGGAGGGAGGCGGGAGUUCGGAGCUAGCUGCGGGGGGGAAGGGGGGGAGGAGGGCGUGCAGAAUCCCGGCUGGGCGGAGUCUGAAGGGGCGGGCCUGGAGCUCCGGCGCCCUCCUCUCCGCUCCUCGAAGGCCCCAGACCUGCGCCUCGAUACUUCCGUAAAACAGCUGGGGAAGGCUGUAACUUCCCGGCGAGAUCCUCGAGCCGAAUUCGGCUGUACUCGUCUCUCAACCUGGGUUCCUUUUGCAUAAGCCUAAACCUAAACCUCCUUGAGGGUCUCUCAUCUCCAAUGAGUCACGAAAUCGACAUGUUCUCCCCUUCCACCCUUGUCCGGGCUCUUACCUCCAGUCGGUUCCCCUGAAUCCAACCACAUGCCCAUCUCAGACUCCCUCCACACACCUGCCCUGAGUUCUAGCAUUUCCUAUUUGUCCCUUUUCAACUUGUUCUCUGUUCCCUUCCGUCCUCCUAGCUUUGGCCUUCCUAAUACGUCCCCUAUUUUGCGCCCCUCCCCCACUGCUGGGCAUCCACGCUCCGCUCCCUCCCAGUUCAGGACCUCCGUUUCUUCGGAGGUCCUUCAGCAUCUCCUACAUUACCUUUGUAUCUCCAUCCCUGGAGCCCUUUCUAGAUGUCCCUACUGCAAAUAUAGCUGUAUUCAUUUGUCCCUCCCCCCCCCCACCUCUCCGUUUCUGAAAACCCCGUCUCCAGCCUCCUCAGCAAAGGUGAGACUGAAACUGACAGCCUCAGGUUACUCGGUGUUAAGCACCACCCCAGCCAGCCCUCCCAGCCACACGGGGGCGCUGUCCGCCUUCCUGUCUCGCACAAAGAGGACCCCACUCUUGAAUCUGGGAUGGAGGAAAGGGCGGGUCAAGGCUCCGAGGGUCUGGGUGGGGCCCGCCCCGAAGGCUGGUUUGGGCCGGGAGGGGCGAGGGGGUGAAAGGGUAUAGAGAAAGCUCUCAGCACCAACCACUUGGAGUACUGCAGGGGCGGGGAGGGCAGCGGAAGGCUCGUCUAGUUAGUACCCCGCGUGGGACCACGUGAUUGGAGAGGUUCGGCCCUAACCCUUUCGAGUCAGGUGUUCGAAUCCCGUCUCCAGAACUGGCGGCGUCCCAUUCCCGUCGGCGCGAGGCGCCAGAGGACCCGCCCUGGGGCUCAUGGCAGCGCCGGUCCGCAUGGGCCGGAAACGCCCGCUGCCGGUUUGCCCCAACCCGCUCUUCAUACGCUGGCUAACCGAAUGGCGGGACGAGGCAGCCAGUAGGGGGCGCCGAACGCAAUUCGUGUUUCAGAAGGCGCUGCGCUCUCUCCGGCGGUACCCACUGCCUCUGCGCAGCGGCAAGGAAGCAAAAAUCUUACAACACUUCGGAGACAGGCUCUGCCGUAUGCUGGAUCAGCGGCUGCAGCAGCAUAGAGCAUCAGGCGGUGACCAGGCUCCAAGUUCACCAUCUGGAGAGAAGAGUCCAGCUCCAGAAGGGCCACUUGCCACAGCCCAGGACUCUUCCGUGCCAGUUUCAGCCCAGCCCAAAGCAGGAGGCCAUGGCAGCUACCGGCCCACUCGGCACUCGGGAGCACGGGCAGUCCUGCUUCUGCUCUACAGGGAACACCUGAAUCCUAGUGGUCAUGGCUUCCUGACCAAGGAGGAGCUUCUGCGGAGGUGUGCCCAGAAAACUCCCAGGGCGGCCCCUGGGAGUGCUCGACCCUGGCCAGCCCUUCGCUCCCUCCUCCACAGGAACCUGGUUCUCAGGACACACCAGCCAGCCAGGUACUCGUUGACCCCUGAGGGUCUGGAGCUGGCCCAGAAGCUGGCUGAGUCAGAGGGCCUGAGCUCACUGAAUGUGGGCCUCGGACCAGAGGAGCCCCCUGGGGUGGAGCCAGAAGAGCCAGGAGCAGCCUCCGCUGAGCUUGGCGCCAGCGAAGGGAGUGCCCAGCAGCUGUCACUGGAGCUCAGGCCUGGAGAGUACAGGGUGCUGUUGUGUGUGGACAUCGGUGAAGCCAAGGGGGCCGGGCACAGGCAAGAGCUGCUCCUCGAGCUACAGCGGCUGCGUGUCACCCACACGGUGCGCAAGCUGCACGUUGGGGACUUCGUGUGGGUGGCGCAGGAGACCGAGCCCGGAGACCCAGCGAGACCUGGGGAGCUCGUCCUGGACCACAUCGUGGAGCGCAAGCGGCUGGACGACCUGAACAGCAGCAUCAUGGAUGGCCGCUUCCACGAGCAGAAGUUCCGGCUGAAGCGCUGUGGCCUGGGGCACCGGAUAUACCUGGUGGAGGAGCACUGCUCGGCGAAAAACCUCAGCCUUCCGGAGAGCACGCUGCUGCAGGCUGUCACCAACACUCAGGUCAUCGACGGCUUCUUUGUGAAGCGGACGGCGGACGUUAAGGAGUCGGCUGCCUACCUGGCCCUCAUGACGCGGGGCUUGCAGAGACUCUACCAGGGCCAUACCCUACGCAGUCGCCCCUGGGGAACCUCCGGGGACCCUGAAUCAAGGCCUGGGCCCUCUCCAGAUCCUCUCUGCUCACUCCUCACCUUCAGUGACUUCAAUGCGGGAGCCAUCAAGAACAAGGCCCAGUCAGUGCGCGAGGUGUUCGCCCGACAGCUGAUGCAGGUGCGCGGUGUGAGUGGGGAGAAGGCAGCGGCCAUAGUGGACCGGUACAGCACCCCUGCCAGCCUACUGGCCGCCUAUGAUGCCUGUGCCACCCCCAAGGAACAGGAGUUGCUGCUGAGCACCAUCAAGUGCGGCCAACUGCAGAGGAAUCUGGGACCCGCUCUGAGCAGGACCUUGUCCCAGCUCUACUGCAGCCACGGCCCCCUGACCUGAGCCAUGCCACGAGGCCGACUCCAGCCCCCACCUUCACAGGCUAGCCAGCCUUUUAAUCGGAAUCUUUUGGGCUACGAUAAAAGUGUAACUAUUUGCAGCCUCAUGUAUUAGGAAGGUGGUGCCAGGCCCCAGGGGCCUUGUGAAAUAUCCAGGCAGGAACUGGGGAGACCAGCAGGUCCGGUGAUUUUUAAACUGAGCUCCUUAGGACCCUAGGGCUCCCUGGUGGAGCACUGAGACCACCCGGGAGAUGGAGUAAGCAAGGCACUGCAGCUUGGAAUCUAGUCCUAGGUCAUCAGGCUUCCCUGAUCAAAUAAAAUUUCCUUCGAUGA